AAGACAAACAAUUUCAAAAUACCUAAUAAACUCACAUUUAAACAAACUCUAAAAAAACAUUCAAGUGAUUGAGGUUGGUAGAGGCUUUUGAGUCCGAAACCACCCAAUCCAACCGUCCAACCUGACCCGUUGUCCAACCCUACCGAUACUGACACUUAUUACAUUCAAGUAAUUCAUUUACAAUUUUUUUUACCUUGAAUCAAUUCAUUUCAAAGCAAAGCAAAGCAUAAAAGAACUUCUUGUAUGAGAUACUUUUCCCAAAACUCACAACAAGUAUUCUUAGUCUUUCAACUUUAGUGUCUCCUCUCUCUCACUCUCUCUUUCCAAUGGUUUCUAACAAAAAGGUCACUGCAAUACUACUUGUAAUCUUAGCUGGUCUAGCCAGCUCAGAUUUAACAAAAGACAGAAAAGACUGUGCUGACAAACUUGUUACUCUUGCUAGUUGUCUUCCAUAUGUUGGUGGUGAUGCCAAUACUCCCACUAUAGAUUGUUGCACCUCCCUUAAAGUAGUCCUUGACAAGACCAAAAAAUGCAUCUGCAUCCUCAUCAAAGAUCGCAACGACCCCAAACUCGGCUUCACUUUGAAUGCAACUCUCGCUGUUCAGCUUCCAAGUGCUUGUCACAUACCAUCUAAUAUAUCUCAAUGUGUAGAUCUUUUGCAUUUGUCACCAAAAUCCUCUGAAGCUCAGGUGUUCGAAGGACUUGGAAAUUCUACCAAAACAAACAGUUCUGCACCAAGUUCUGUUGAGAAGGGAUCAAGUUCUGAGGAAAAGAGUGGUGCUGGAUUGGGAAAGAGGUGGAUGGUGGUAGAGAUGGUUUGUGCUAUUUUACCAUUUGUUUUCAUAUCACAGUUCUUCAUCCUAGCUUGAACCAUGAUCAAGAUUUAGAAAGGGCUUAUUACUUGGAUUGGAUAUAUAUUAAUAUUGGUUUUGUUUGAUGUAUGAAUUUAAUACUCAUUACUCAUUAGUGGUAUUUAUUUCUCAUAGUUUUGUUAUGUGUGUUUGUGUGUUUCUUAAGUCCUAUAUUAUUUUUUUAGCACAUUCAUGUUUGUGUCUCCAUGUAUCUUUUUUCACAUCCAUUAAACCCAAAAGUAUGUUAAGAGACAAGCUUGCCCUACCAAAUAUGAGAAAGAAUAAGCCACUGCAAAUAUGACAUUUGACACUAUCCAAUUCCAAUUGAACCAAACACUAACCAAGA